UUUUACCCACACCUUCCAUACAGACAGCAGCAGGCAGCCAUCACCUCUCAAAACUCCACUUUUGCACAGCCAGCCACUUGAUUUUCUCCAACAAGGGAGGAGAGACGAGUCCUCAUCUGAGCUUAUUCUCAACCUGCAAACGGAAGAAAGCUACAACAUACUCCAGCAAACCGUCUACGGAUCUUUUUCCAUACCGAAUGCGUGUUAAAGAGCGCGCUCGGUGCUGCACACAUCAGGCUGCUUUAUUGCCAUAGCAGCAGCGCGAGCUGCCUGUAGCUGCCACAAGAGCCUCAGCUAGCGACCAAACAAAGAAAAUACAGGCACAUAUAAACCUCGUCUCUUCAACCGUUUCACUGUUCUUUAAAGAGGAGGAGGCAAGACCCCGAAGACAAAAACUGACAUGAUGUUUCCACAAUCCAGGCACUCGGCUUCAUCGCAACAGCUAAAGUUCACAACGUCAGACUCCUGUGACCGCAUCAAGGACGAGUUCCAGUUCCUCCAAGCACAAUACCACAGUCUGAAGCUCGAAUGUGACAAGCUGGCCAGCGAGAAGUCUGAAAUGCAACGUCAUUAUAUCAUGUACUAUGAGAUGUCUUAUGGGCUGAAUAUUGAAAUGCACAAGCAGGCAGAGACCGUGAAGAGAUUAAACGGGAUCUGUGCUCAAGUCUUGCCUUACCUGUCUCAAGAGCACCAGCAGCAGGUCCUGGGGGCGAUAGAGAGGGCCAAACAGGUCACCCCACCAGAGAUGAACUCCAUCAUACGGCAGCAGCUUCAGGCUCACCAGCUCUCCCAGCUGCAGGGACUGGCGCUGCCAAUGACCCCUCUCCCCCUCGGCCUGAGCCAACCAGCCGGCCUUCCCGCGGUCACCUCCAGCUCCGGCCUCUUUUCCCUCUCCAGCAUCCUGGCCUCGCAGGCCCAAAUGGCCAAGGAGGACAAGAGCACACGCGAGACUUCCGACAGCCACCGUGAGGAAGACGGAGACAAGUCCGACUAGAUGCCCACCAUAUCUGAUCUUUCAUCCAAUCAUCAUCCAGAGCUUAACGUAGAGGCACAUGUUCCUAAUACUCACACUUUUAUAUUCCUUUUUCUUUUCCUUCACUCUCUCCCUCCAUCUUUCUAUACUUGUGCACUGCUACUGUCUGCAGAUGCCUAACAUCAUUAUUUCUUCUUUCCACCAGCUUUAUACUGUACAUGUAUUUAUACACCACCUUUUUAUUGUUGCGGAUGCUUGAUUUGAUUUUAUUUACACUCUUUCUUGCCUGUGUGUAUGUAUAUAUCUAUAUAUAUUGUAUAUUUCCUAUGCUUGUAGUGGAAAUGGUCUAGAAAAUGGUGUACCUGUUAAUGGACCAACGACCCUCCAGUAAUAAUAGUGUUAAAAUCCCCCUCCCUUUCUCUUUUUUCCUCCAUCUCACUUGCUCCCUCUUACAAUCUUUCACCUUUUACAGCUACAAUCUACAAUAACUGAGUCAGAAGCACUUUGGCCAAGGCAGUAACUCUAAAAUUAACAUUGAAUCAAAAAAUUUAGCUGUGGCGUAAUCCAUUUAGAGCUUAAAGGAUUGUUGUGAUUUUUCAAAGGCAUGUCUGUUGUUGUGCUUCCUGUUGUAGAAGUUGCAGAUCUAUCCUACCUUAAACUGUAAAGUGGGUCACCAUUGCAGCUUGAGAAAACAUUAUAAGGGUGAAUCUCACAUGUCUAGGUCUUUUUUUAACACCAAGUCAAAAGGAAAAACUAAAUGUAACCUUUUUAGGACAAUUAAGAUAUUUUGCAUUCCAACAUUAUUUUCAUGACAGUUAAAGCCAUUCAUUUACCCCCACUUCUCAUUACAAUAAUGCAAAAAAAAUAUCUCUUACUGUAAUGCGAUUAAAAUGAAAAACAAUAAUAAUAAAGGAAUUCAUGAAAUGCCUCUAAUUUGAGCUGAUUCUAAUAGAAUAAUAUUAUUGCAGUAUUUAUACUGUAAUAAAAUAAAUAUUACCGUUUACAGGAUUUUAUAUUUUGCUUAAAGAAAAUUUUGUCUUUUUGGACCAUCAAGAUUUUUUGCAUUCCGACAUCAUUUUCAGGAUAAUUUAAGACAUUUUUCCCUUACCACCUUUUACUGUAAUGCAACAAUAUAUCAUUCUUAUUACUGUAAUGUAAAAAAAAUCUAAUAAAUAAAUACAUUUAAAUAAAUAUUUAACUGCCUUUAAUUGAGCUGAUUUAAAUAGAAUAUUUGACAGUAGUUUUACUGUAAUACAGUAAAUAUAACUCUUUACAGGAAUAAUUUUUUGCUGAAUGGUCCUAAAAAGGAUAAUUUUCUUUUAGAUUUUUUGCAUUGUGACAUUAUUUUCAUGACGUUUAGGACAUUUCCCCCACUUUUCAUUAAUGUAAUAAAAAAAUAACAUUAUUACUGUAUUUUAUAACAAUAAUAAUGAAACAUUAUGUAAAUUAUAAAUACAUCAAUUUGUAUCUGUUGUUUAUGGUUCCCAUGGUCAUGGAAAACCUGGAAAUAUCAGGGAAUUUUAAAAUUUAGAUUUCCAGGAAAAAUCAUGUACAUUUAAAAAGUCAUUGAACAAUCUUGGGAUUUUUUUAUAUAAUUAAUCUAUUUUAAUUUAUUAUGCUCUGUCCUAAAAUAUUUAAUCAGGGGGUUACAUUGCACUGGAUUAAAAACACGGUGAAGAGUUUAAAAUAUAUCAUGUUAUUUAGAAUACCUGACCCAGGACUCGACAAAACGGACUGCCUGAUGGCCACACAUUCCACAGUUCACAAUCACAGUGCACGAAAUUCCCAAUUUUUUCGUUUUAACAUGUUGUUGAAAAUGAUCAAUCCACACAUUAGAAUACAUGAAAUCAACAGAUAAUUUCUAUAAGACUAUUUUUUGGUCACACUUUAUAUUAGAUGGCCUUAACUACUAUGUUGUAACAUUAAAUACAUACAAGACUUUUUGUUUACUGUGUAGCUUCAUGUUGUUCUGUAAAAUUCCCACAUUUGCUGCUACUGAGUUUGAGGUAGGUUUGGAGUAAGGGUAGGGUUAGGAUUAGGUGUUAGUGGUUAGAUUUUGGGGUAAGGGAUGGGUUGGGGUAAAUGUAACAAUUUAAAUUACAUUUAAAGUACGUUUGGAUUUACAAAGUACAUUAAAAGUAUAUGGUAGUUAAGGCCACCUAAUAUAAAGUGGGUCCUAUUUUUUUAAAGCCAUGAUGGUAAAAACGGCAAUUUUUCAUUUUUGCGUUGGGGCCAGUGAAAAUGUUGUCUGGGCAAGUAAAAAUCAGAAACCACUGGCCCAACCGGGUCAGUAGAAAAAAUCCUUCGUGUUGAGACUUGCCUGACCAAUUAGAGACAACAAUGUCCUGCUAAUCCCUGCCCAUUUUAGGAUUCACCCAAUAUGUUUGUAUGGAUUAAAUUUAAAAUGAAAUGUUUUCUGUUUAACUUUUAUAAAGCAAUGUUGUGGUUGUUUUUACUAAUUUGCGAUUAUGUGAUUUUGGUGCAAUUUUCAGAAUGAAAGGCUAAAUGUGUGGGCUCGGAAAUUAGCUUUCAAGUCAUGGAAAAAUCAUUGGUUGAAAAGAGUGGGAACCCUGGUUGUUGGACUGCCAUUAAUUUGUGCUAUUUGAAUAGAAUCAUUUUAUUACAGUAUUUGUACUGUAAUUUUACAGGAAUGCUAAGUACCAAAACAAUCAUCAAAAGUGAAACAUCUCGACAUAUGGUAAAAGAGAAUUUGGGAGGAAAAUGGUCAUGAAAUAAUUGGCGCAUUGCAAAAAAUCUUAAGAGUCUCAAAAAUGUCUUUAUGCGAAAAAUAAUAUACAGUACUGUGCAGACGUUUUAGGCACUUGUUAAAAUAAUAAUGACAUAAGUAGUUUUCCUUAAUCAAUUAACAUCAUACAAAUUAAACUAAUGAACUAAUGAACUAAUCAAUAUUUGGUGAGACCACAUUUCAAACAGCACCAAUUCUCCUAGGUACACCUGGACACAGUUUUUCUUGGUUGUUUGGCAGAUAGGAUGUUCCAAGUUUCUUAGAGAAUUUGCCACAGUUCUUCUAUUUUGUCUUAAUUGCUUCGGUCUCUUUAUGUAAUCUCAGACUGACCCGAUGUUCAGUGUGGGGCUUUGUGGGGGCCAUGACAUCUGUUGCAGGGCUCCCUGUUCCUCUAUUCUAAUCUAUUUGCAAAAGAACCAUUUGAGAGUAUAACAUAUAUUUUUCCUAUUGACACACUAAAGCUGAAGAUAUAAAUAACCAAUUUAAGACAAAUGCUUUUGUGAACAUCUUAUGUGCCUAAAACUUUUGCACAGUACUGUACAUAUUAUUAUUACUAUUAUUAUUUUUAAUGACCUGGACAUCUUUUUUGCCAGAUUUACCCAUGAAUACUGUUGAAAUGAAGCUUGCUAAAGAGAGAGAGAGAGAGAAAAAAAUAUAAUGCCCUUCAACGUACUGCAUCUAUCUACCUGUUUGCCUGAUUUCUAAUGUGUUUGGAAGUGUUGGACUCUUGUGCCGUCUCAGACAGAGUAUUAGACGAAGAUGCUAGCUAACCUGCUCACCAAGCGAAAAGGGAUGCCAUGUAAAAUAUAUUUUUAGUCUUUUUUAAACAGUCAUGUCGAUUGUGUACAUGGUUUUACAUCUAGUCAUGUUUUUUUUUUCUUCAUUAGAAGGUAUGUUGUAAGAGAAAGUAUUGCAAAAAUUUGUAUUUGUGAAGAAGCACCUUUAUUUUUAUUUUUUUGUGCUACAGGAAGUGUGAAAAGAGUAAAGCUGUAUAGCAAACCCAAAUAUAAUACUCCCAUCAAAGAAAAAAGAAAUCAAAGCAACUUGAAUUACCUGAAAUGGUCUUGAGGUAAAAGCUAAAAAUGAAAAAGAAUGCAAAUAUUAGAUUUUUUUAUUCUCUAAGCAAGUUAUGGUGUCAAUUGUGUAAUAUGACAUUUUACCAAGAGGGGGCAGUAAGCUCAUAGCAAGUCCACUCUAACACCCUCAUGGUCACUUUCAAUUGAAGUUGUGUCCUGUCCUGUGUCUUUUUGGUAAUGUAUUUUACAAAAUGCCCACCAUAAAGAAUGAUUCUAAAAUGUAUUCAGCGAGACCCACACAACUUUGCAUCCAAACAAGAAAUGCAUUUUGAAGUAACCGCUAACCUGCUGAUGAAGCCGUAAUCUAAUCAUUGAUAUGUUUGCAUUUUAAGGACAAAGUGCAAAUAGCCCUUUUCCUUCAAAGUCCCAAUAGUUGUCUCUGUCAUCUUUAGUUUUUUUCCAUUUCGGUUCAGUGAGGUUCAGUGUUUUCGACAAAACCCCUGAAACUAAUUUCUGUGUAAAUAGUUAGCAUAACCAUUCUUAUGUAAAUGCAGAGUGAUGUAACCAAUUACGUAGCAAUGGUUUUGCAUCCAAUUCUUAUAGUUAAAUGUGAUGUUACAAUGUGCACUGGAGAAAUACAUCUUUUAGAUUUAUCAUCAAUUAGUGAAUGCCCCUCAAAAUGGUGGUAAUAUAAUGUAGAAACAUACAAACUGUAUCUGAACAUCAUUCAUUACAUGAUGCCUCCUUAACAUGCCUUUAGCUUACGAGGAUGGCACACAAUCUUUCAGUUUAGAAAAGUCUAAAUGACCAGCAUUGUGGUAGUGCCAACAUGAGAAAACAGUGCUUUUAUUUUUCUUUACAGUUUUUGAAUUGGGUCUUUUCAUAGGAAAAAAAGUGGCAUGUCCUGUUUAACUUUACCAUUGUAUUUACAAGAAAAAGUGCCAGAUUUCAUCCUACUGCACAACUUUAUCAAUGUGCAUGACUGUGACUUGCUACAUAGUCCGAUUAAUCUAUUAUCUUGCAUUGUUGUUUUCUUUUUAAGAAAGUGGUCGCUACAUAGUUUAGAGCUAAGAAUCCGAUCGAGCCAAAUGCAAAGUAUUUUGUUCUAAAAGUGGGCAGCAGGUGUUCUGUAUGUAUACUUUAUACAUAAGCCUAAAGCUUUAUGUGCAAAUGGAUGCUUUUGUGUCAAUCUUGAAUGAUAUGUCUGUGUUUUAGAGGUUUCUUAACUUUUGAGGCCCAUCUUCUUUUCUUUCCGGACCCCUGACAUCCGUCUUCUUCCCGAAUGCAUUGCUUGCCUUUUGCCAUUUGUUUGAAAGCAUUUUAAGCAUUCUGUGCUUUAUAAAAGUCUUUUGGUUGUUUGGUUUUCAACUCUUAAUUCUAUGUAUAUUGUAAAACAUACAGUGUAAAAGUAAUAGUGUUAUGAAAUAGCUUCAUUCCAUAUUAAAACAGACAAAAGUACUUAAACAUUUACUAUACAUAAAUGGAAAUUUCUGCAGUAAGGAAAUGCUUCUGGUGCCUUACAAAUAAAAUCAAUCAAAUCAA